GGAUGUAUUGGCAAGUUUCUUCUCGAGUUCUCCCUCCCCCCCGCAACCGCACUCAAAUGGCUGCUAAAAUGAGCCGUCUUUAUUCGACAGUGCAUCGCCUCUUUGCCUCCAGAUCUUCCCCUCAAAUACCCUUCUCCUCCUCCGCCGCCGAAUCCCGCACCCAGAAGCUGGAGCGCAUCGCCGAUGAGCUCCUCAGCCUCAACAAAAUUGAGCGUCAUGACUACAGCAUCCUUUACCGUCUCAAACUCGGCCUCGACCGCUGGGGCUCCGGCGCUGGAAUCGUCCCUCCCGGUCUAUCGGGGGCCGACGGGGCUUCCGAUGGAGCGGCGGCCGCAGUGGCUGAGGCGAAAGAGAAGACUGCGUUCGACGUGAAGCUUGAGAAGUUCGAUGCGGCGGCCAAAAUCAAGGUGAUCAAGGAGGUGAGGACGUUCACGGAUCUAGGGUUGAAGGAAGCGAAGGAGAUUGUGGAGAAGGCGCCCGUGGUUCUCAAGAAAGGGAUCACGAAGGAGGAGGCCGAGCAGAUUGUCGCCAAGCUUAAGGAGGCUGGUGCCACUGCGAUUUUGGAGUGAGUGCUGGACAAAACAGGUCAAAUCUUUCUUGGUUUUUGGGAUUAUUAAGAAAGUUUCCAUGAUUUGUUGUUAAGAAUGAUGGAAUUCCCUUUGUUGGGUUUUAGAUAUUGAAGAUAGGGAAACGUAUUGUAGCUGUAUGAAAUGGGAAUUAGGGCAGCAUUUGAAGAUACUGCAUUUGGAUUUUAUACAAUAAGGAUGUGUUGGUGCCUAUUCACUUUGAAAGUCUUUUG